AUGCCGUCUCAGCCAGGAUCGUCCAAGGAGGCUCUGUCCAAGACCACCCAACGGGGGCGAGGCAAGAAGAAGGGCAACAAGCUGCAAAAACCAUGGCUCUAUGAUCUUGUCUUAUGGGCUCUCUCCAUCUUGAUUGACCUCUUCUUCCGGGAGGUACAUCCCAGAGGAGCCUGGAAGGUCCCCAAGACUGGUCCGGUCAUUCUUGUGGCUGCACCUCACGCCAAUCAGUUUGUCGAUUCCCUGAUUCUCAUGAGAAUCCUCAAGCACGAGGCCAAGAGAAGGAUUUCAUAUCUGAUCGCGGAGAAGUCGACGACACGCAAGUUCAUUGGGACUCUGUCAACAGCGAUCGGGGCGAUUCCCGUGGGCCGAGCCCUGGACAAAGUCAAGCCGGCCAAGGGCAAAAUAUUCCUCCCAGACCAAGAUAACGACCCUACCCUGAUUGAAGGCGUCGGCACCGACUUCACGAAUGGCGAUUUCGAGGUAGGUGGAUUGAUCGUCCUCCCCAAAGUGAGAGGCCAGACCCCCAGCACAGAGAUCGCGGAGAUUAUCUCUCCUACCCAAAUCCGCCUCAAGAAACCCUUCAAGUCGCCAGAGGCGUUGGAGUCGUUGACCGGUAAUGGCCCCGUUGGCGGCGAUACGAACGAACAACAGAUUGAAUCCCGAGGCUGCUCAUUCAAGGUCGCUCCGUAUGUGGAUCAAACCAAGGUCUACAACGCAGUCUUUGACGAGCUCGACGCUGGUGGCUGUAUUGGUAUCUUCCCGGAAGGUGGCAGCCAUGAUCGACCAGAUCUUCUCCCCCUAAAAGCAGGCGUGGCCAUCAUGGCCUUAGGAGCUGAAGCCCGACACCCCGGUUGUGGUGUCAAGAUUAUUCCCAUUGGCAUGAACUAUUUCCAUGCGCACAAAUUCCGGUCGAGGGCGGUCAUCGAAUUUGGUCACCCCAUUGAGGUUCAUCCUGACCAAGUUGAAGCAUAUAAGGCGGGCGACCGAAGAAACGCGGUGGGCUCGCUACUCGAAACCGUCUUUCAGGGCUUGGUUGCUGUGACACAAUCAAGUCCUGACUACGACACCCUGAUGCUGGUGCAAGCGGCUCGCCGAUUAUACAAUCCGUUGGGAAAGAAACUGCCUCUACCGCUGGUGGUGGAGUUGAACCGACGUCUCGUCAAAGGGUAUACGACGUACAAGGAUGACCCCCGCGUUGUCGAACUCAAGAAAGAUGUGCUCGAGUACAAUCGUCAAUUACGGGCACUUGGAGUUCGCGACCACCAGGUGGAAUGGGGCAACCCUGCUAAAUAUCCCUGGUGGCGCAUUCUCGGGACGCUGAUCUAUCGGCUGGGAGAGCUCUUCUUCCUGGGCAUCGGCACUCUUCCCGGGCUCGCCAUGUUUUGGCCUGUGUUUGUUACCACCAAAGUCAUCUCCUACAAAAAGUCCAAGGAAGCUCUUGCAGCGUCGACAGUGAAACUGCAGGGUCGAGAUGUCAUCACCACUUGGAAACUGCUCGUGGCUAUGGCGUUUGCUCCCGCACUCUACGCCUACUACACAGCCAUAGUAUCCCUAUGGCUCGUUUACAACCGACGAGACGGAUACUAUACCCACAAGGUCCCCUGGUGGAUGGUGGCCCGCACCUACGUGCCUGAUUUUGUUCCGGUCUGGCUUUUUGCCAUUCUCUUCCUGAUUUUGUGUAUCCUCAUCACGUUUGCUGCUCUGAGGAUCGGAGAAAUAGGGAUGGAUGUGGUCAAGUCGUUACCGCCACUAUUUGUGGCACUCAACCCACGCUCCUCCAGCCGCUUUGCGAAGCUCCAACAGCGCCGCCACGCCUUGUCUGUCAAGGUGACAAAGGUGAUCAAUGAAUUGGGACCCGAAGUCUUCCCUGACUUUGACGCUGCACGAAUUGUGCCGGAUGGGUAUAGAGAAGGAGCGUACCAAUCCAAAUACAAGAAGAUGCCAGAGGAGCCCAGGAUCGACUCAACCGAGCCCACCACGCCGACUUCUGGGACCUUUGAUGAGCGGACCCCUGAGUCCCCCGGGUCGAGAUCGAUGUUGCCAUUCGGGUUCCUGCCCUCGAACGAAGCUUUCCACAACAUUGGGGGGUUUGGCUUCUUUGCGUCGCGUCCUGCGACACCUAAGAGUCGCAGCAGGAGCAGUUCGGCAGGUGGGGCACUUACCUCGUCCACCGGCUUGAAGUUCACCACGCUGGACCAUGAUGAAGUCAGCAAACGAAUCCGUGGGGCCAUGCGGGAACGAGGACGGAAGCGGGAGAGCGAAGGAGCAGAAACGGGAACGGAAAGCAGUUGGGACAUGGCUGAUGAUGAACGAAUAACGCCCACGACCGAGGACGAGGAGCCUAAGAAGGAUCGGUAA